UAUUAAAUUUAUAGGUGAUCCAUGACCGAUCCCAAAAAGUGGAUCAAUCUUAGGGAAUCGGACCAAUUCCUGCCGAUUCACCUGAUCCAGAAUGGAAUCGAAAUUUGCUAGGGCCAAUUUGGCCCUGAUUCCGAUUCCUUGAGCCUUGGGUGGUGAUGACUCCUUUACAUGUUGAACUUAUGAAUGGAUCUUUAGGGUCUUUCUGUGUUAAUGAACAUAUUUUUUUAAAGAGCAUAUUGAGGAAUUAAGCAUAGGAAAACGUUUAUUUCACUUUAUCAUUAGAAAUGGUUACGAAGUUCAUUCUUAGAUAAUCUUGUUUCUCUCUCUUAAUGGAGGGGAUUUAGUACCACCAUAUUUAUCUACCUACAUUCUCCUUUUACUUCUAUUUAUACCUCUAAAUGACAUAUUUGUACUUUCUGCUGACUUUACUGGCCUGUUCAUUUUGUUGGGCUUUCUCAAAAUGGGGAACAGAUUACUUAGGCUUGCUCAUUUUUUAAUAUUUGGUGAGAAUUUUUUAGCCAUCAGAACAGUUGUGAGUAAGUCAUAUACGCAGGGUUUUUUUUUUUUCCAGUAAUUUGAUUUGUAUCUGAGGCCUUACUCCUUUUCACCGAUACAGUUUGUAACUAUGCUAAGGGUAAAUGGGUUGCGGACAGCAGGAGGCCAUUGUAUUCUGGGUUUGGAUGCAAGCAGUGGUUGUCAGGAAUGUGGGCUUGUAGACUGACCCAACGUACAAAAUUUUCCUAUGAAGGGUUUCGAUGGCAGCCACAAAAUUGUGAGAUGCCAGACUUUGAAAGAUCGGCUUUCUUAAGGAGGAUGAAGGAUAAAACUCUUGCUUUUGUGGGGGAUUCCUUGGGAAGGCAGCAGUUCCAAUCUCUUAUGUGUAUGGCCAGUGGUGGUGAAGAGAGCCCUGAAGUCCAAGAUGUUGGAAGAAAAUAUGGUCUUGUCAAAGCUCGUGGUGCUCUGCGCCCUGAUGGUUGGGCUUACCGGUUCCCAAAAACGAAUACCACCAUCCUUUAUUACUGGUCUGCAAGCCUAUGUGACUUGGAGCCCCUGAACAUCACGGAUCCAGCCACCAACUUUGCCAUGCAUCUUGACAGGCCAGCCGCUUUCUUGCGCCGGUACCUUAGCAGGUUUGAUGUUUUGGUUCUUAAUACAGGACACCACUGGAACAGAGGGAAGCUCAGAGCGAAUCGGUGGGUGAUGCAUGUCAAAGGCAAGCCCAACAAUGAUAGGAAGCUUGCUGUGAUUGGAAAUGCCAAGAAUUUUGCAGUGCGUAGCGUCAUCAAGUGGCUGAAUUCACAGCUCCCUAAGCAUCCACGACUCAAAGCUUUCUUCAGGACCAUUUCACCUAGGCAUUUCUCACAUGGAGAUUGGAAUAGUGGGGGUAGCUGUGAUAACACCGCUCCAUUGUCUAGAGGGACUGAAGUUUCACAAGAUGCAUCCAGCGAUUCUGCUGUUGAGAGUGCUGUGAAGGGUACAGGAUUAAAGAUACUGGAUAUAACUGCUCUGUCCGAGUUGAGAGAUGAGGGUCACAUAUCCAGAUACAGUAUCAAAGGCACAGAAGGUGUUAACGAUUGCUUACAUUGGUGCCUACCUGGCAUUCCUGACACAUGGAACGAACUCCUUUUUGCACAACUGUAGUCCAUGAUGUGUUAUGGGUUCCUAAAUUAAUUUAGCCCAGCAUCUCUUCUUUAUGUGCAAGCAAGACGUAUUUGAAGCAGCACAAAAGACCCAUUCAGCCAUUCUUUUCAUUCCAUUCUGUGGUGGGAAUAGACUCUUAUGACUUAAACAGUAGGAACACCCAGAUUCAAUCAUAGUGUGUUCCGCACUUUUUUCCGGGUCUUACAUUUCCAACAGAGCAAUCUUGGAACAUCUGUUUAAUGUCAUACAGUUGUUGAUGGGACUGCAGAAUUAAGUUAAAAUCGGAAGAACAGAUGGUAGAGUCUUGUUGGAGAAUCAAAGGUUAUUGUCUUCUACCUGCUGUUCUUUGUAGCAUAACAGCAUCAUAAUUUGAGGGUGGAUAUAUACUUUUUCUUUGCAAGAACUUCCACACCCUCUCCAUCUAGUAAAUCUUUCGAAGAAGCAUUUUUUCCUAGUUAUGAGCUAGUUUUAGUGUGGUUUUGUUAUAUCUAAAACUUUUAAUGCCUACCCAUGUUUCCAAAUUUUCUUUGUUACCAUGUUUGGGAUCAGUAAAGAUGCUAACUUUAUCCCAAAUGAAAUUGAAGUCAAUACUGGCAUUUUUUUUGGCUUUUUCUA